AUGCGCUUUCCCAGCGGCCUCCCUCCUGAUCUGGACGAUCAUGGUGUUGCCGUGAACGUGUUCAACUUUGCCGAUGGCGGACAGAAGACAUUGGCUGCCUUUUCCGUUUUUAUCUCGCUGGUCCUCACCUACAAGACCUGCCCCGAGUGCUUGAAGAAGCCGCAGGUACAAACAUGGAUGAGUUCUUUCUUGAUGAUUCAAACGUUGUGCAAAAGCAACGAGGACCCAGACUCUUCCAUGGAUGGUGCUUUGGGCCGCAUCAUAAAGCAGAACAUCGACGCCAAGGCUCUUCCAGUGUCCAGCCUGGCUUGGGCAUCCAUCUUCCAGACCUUCGGUGAGUCCUGGACAAUUGAGGAGUGCCUCGACCGCUAUAACUCGCACCCUCAGGUGCUUGCGUACGAAAGCGCCGACACAGGAUCCGGAAGCAUCCAGCUCAACGGAUCCAAGCGCCAAGCGGUGAGGAACCUUCUCAGCCGCUGCUCGCCAGCAGCGUUCCAGGUGAUCGUGCAGUCAACUCACGACGUGCCCUUCGUUUCAGGGGCCUUCUCGGAGAGCUUCGUCAGCAACAACAGUUUCUUCAUGGGGUCCAAGAACCCGGACCUGCUGCUGGCCAACGCUUCGACAACCGAGGAGCCUCUCCCAGAGGAGAUCUUCAUGAAGCCAGAUUAUUCUUUGCCGAUGACUGAGGACGGCCAGUACGUGUUCUUUGCCAAGGUGAAAGCCAAGUUCGAUAAGAUUACGGCGGGCUUGACGGCCAAGGACAAGAAGAAGUUGCGUGCAUCAAGUGACGAGCUGUUGUUUGUGCGCAACUUGAGCGUGCUCUUUUCUCAGUUUUAUCCGCACUUGAAGAUCCGGCUCGGAGAUGAGGAUGCAGAUGCUUGGCGCGCGGCUUUCAUUUCCAGCUCGCACAAGGAUGAUGACAUGAACAAUGUCCUGCAGACGAAGCCUGUCAAGCUUGCUCUGAGCAUGCUGCGUUCGGAAAAGGAAACGGCAGAAAAGCAGCGACUGGAAAGCCAGGCUGCGCGGCAUUUGGAAGUGGAGGAGCAAAGGCGCGACGUUCAAAUCGCGGAGUUCAAGUUCUUCGGAAGCGCUUUGAUCAGCGACCAAAUGCUUCUGAAACAGGCUUCGGAGGUACCAAGAAUGGUGAAGGCUCGACUGCACGCCAAAACUGUCGUGCACCGGCGGAACCAAGCGGCUGCAGCAGAGGAAGCUUUGCGAGGCUAUCAGGAAAGCUUCUUGCGAGUGCAAUGGGUUUCCAAGAUGGACUUGGCCAAAGCCGAGCUUUCCCGGAUGAAGGCUUCUGCGGCUGGCUGCAGCCCGUGCGAUGUGGCCUUGAUUGGCCAUGUGGAUUUCAAUUGCCCGCAUGCCAAAGGUAAGGGCAACAUGGAAACCCUGUGUGCAGCCUUGGCCAUGAUCAAUGAAGAUCUUCCUCAGCUAGCCUGCUCGAUGGUUGUGUUUCCGGACCACGCUCGGGAAACGUCGGCGCGGGGAGUGUGGGAUGAAGAACGAAAGAUUUUGGAUGAGAUGUUCGGAUUGGCGCAGAAUUGUGACACCAGGUUCAUUGACUUGUACACCCGGGACAAUGCGCGAGCGGAGUCCAAGACCAACAACAGGAAGUUUGGACAUGGCAUGCUCACUUUCAGCCGCACCGCCACAGAUGAGAACCCUUGGCGGCAAAGCGAGCUCGCCCUUUUCGGCAGAGCUGUUGGAACAAUGGAAAGUGAACGCGGAGCACCCACCGCCGUGUUUCCCCGGUCGUCUGCAUUGCUCCUGCCAGAAUCUGCAGAUCCAAAUGCUGACAUCAAGGUCAAUGAGCGGGUCCGCCCAUCACCGGAACAGCUGGCAGCCCAAAAGGGCUGCCACCGCUGCCAGAUGCUUUUGGAUAGCCUCUUCCGCUACAACCCACACCCUGGACCAGCAUUGCUGGUGAAUUUGACAGGAUAUGUCGAGGACAUGGGGCACGCUGCGGCUGGCUCGCAAUGA